AUGGUUGUUCAGGUUCUUGGUACUGUCACCAGUCAUUUGCUGCAAGAACUCAAAGGUCAGCCCUUGACACCUCACACUGUGUGCCAGUCUGCUGAUAGUCCUGGGGACCUCAACAGGGACUCUGUCCCACGAGGCUUCUUCAGUGUGAACAGAAAGAUGCAAAGGCACAGCCCAGAAAACUAUGAGGGUCAGCAGCAGAGAGAACAGCGGAGCUUUACCAGCACAGCCCAGUAUGGCUUACCCAGGCAGAGAAAGGAGGUAAAUCCACAGCUAUCCAAGUGUCAUCUCUUCAACCUGCCUGGACCUACUUGGUCUCACUUUUUGGCCUCCCUGGACCCCUCCAGAGUCAAGACUUUAGACUCCUUGGAACUCUUUAAAAUCCCCUUUUCAGAUUCAUUGGAUUUAUCCAGUCUGAGCUCUUCAUCCUCUGUGGAAUUCUCCAGUCUCACUUCUUCAUCCUCUCUGGACCUUUCAAGUCUCACAUCUUCAGCUUCUUCAGACUUCUCCAGUACCUCCUCUUCAAUUUCCUUAGAGCUCUCCAGUCUCACCUCUUCAGAGUCCUGGGAGCGCUCCAGUUUCUCCUCUUCAGUUUCACUGGACCUAUCAAGUCUCACUUCAUCUGGCUCCCUGGAUCAGUCUGGGGACAGUUCUUCAAUCUCUUUAGAUCUCUCGAGUGUCACCUCUCUCUCCACAGAUUUCUCCAGUCCUGCUUCUUCACUCUCUCUAGACCUCUCCAGUCUCACUUCUUCGUCCUCCACAGAUGUUUCCUCCUCAGCUUCCCUGGACUUUUCUUGUACAAUCCCUCCAUCCUCACCAGGUGUCUCCGAGUACAGCUCCUCCACCUCGUUGGAAUCUCUAGACCUCACCGAUUUUAACUAUUUCAUGUUUCAGCGCUCCUCUGGAUUAUCUUCACCAACUCCUGAGGCUGUUUCCAAUCUCACCUCUACACCUUUCUUGGAUGUCUCCAAUCUCACCUUUCAGGAUGCUUCUUCCCUCACUUCCUCAGUUUCUUUGGACAUGUCUAACCUCACGUCCUUAGUUCCCCCAGACCUUUCCACUCUCACAUUUCUGGAUGUUGCUAACUGCACCACCUCAGCUUCUCUCGAUCUCUGCAUUUAACCCUCCUAACUUAUCCCCUGGAAACUCUCUCCAUCCUAAACUUCUCUCCUUUAUCUGCUCUCUCCUAUGUUCUCUCUCUGAAAGUUCUUACCUAAGGGAAGUUUAGGGCUUUACAAAUAUCUCCUGGCAUCUAAACUGGGCAUGAAAACAGGUCAUACAAAUCUAUAACGGUGCCUUGUAACAGCUGCACGAACACCAACAUUUAUUCUGGAAUUUUUGUAGCACACAGUUUCUGUCACUGAUUGAUAUCCAGUCUGCCUCAGCAUGGUUGGUACCUCUCCCAAAGGUUUAGCUUUUUCAAGUCAUGCUGAAUUUUUAUCUACCAAGACCAACAAAUAGUAAAUAGAGCUAAAUGUGCAAAUAAAUGCAUCCAGGUUGUGUAUCUCUGUUUAUGGAUUUAAAUCUGAAUUAAUGUUACAGAAUUGCAGGCAGAGGCAUUUCACAAAGAAGUACAGAGAGAGAUGGGGUGGGAAAAGAAAAUUGUGGAGCAAAAAGCAGGUGAGAGAUGGGAUAGUGAGAGGAACCAGAGAAGCCAUGGGGCAGGAAUAGAGGGGCACAUAGCUGGAAGAAAAUGUCCAACUCUGCUGGCAUGAUUUUUCUCUGCCAAGCCAUGUUUGUGGCCUGGGCUGCCCACGAGGCUUAAAAUAAUCUUAUUGCUAAUAAUUUCACCUAUCAAAUAAUCAGAUGUUGCCAUUUGCAUGUAACAUCCCCUUUCUCAAUAUAUGUAAGUACUGCAGUUACUUGUCUUGCAUCAAAUAUGCUGCUUAGGUAGCACAGAAGGGCUUUCCAAAAUCUUUGGUGCUGUCCUGUAUCUUUUUUUUAUCAUUGUUAUCACUGGGGCUUCAAAACCAAGCAUGUUUCCUUUCAAUAUCACUGGCACCUUUCUGUGCUAAAAGGGCAGAAACAUGUUUGUCAUAACAAAUAUUUUUUAAUUUAUUUCAUUUUUGCAAACUGGAAAGCUUUGCUCCAAUAUGCCACGUGUGUCACAACAGUAGAAUAUGUUUCACACAAAAAUAAAGAAGAAAACAAAUGCAUGAGGUAAGAAUUUUCUGCCUCAUUUGCACUAGUUAUUUCUUCAAAAUUAAGUAGGAACAAUUGCAAUAUGCGGGUUUACGUAUUAACCCAAAAUUCUAUAGGAGCAGAGUUGUUUAACAGUUUAAAAAAAAUACAGAUCACUGGUGCAGAUCUUACUGCUGUAUGCUGGAGACAGACUGAUCUAGCUGGUGAACAGUUGUUCUUUUUGUUCUGGUGACUCUUUCCUGACAUUACUGUGGGGAUUGUUAAUCGCAACGGUUCUGGACUAAAUGAGAUCUCUAAUAAAGCUGAAAAUUACUCUGUGCUUUAAAAAUGGUUUGACUUUGGAUGGAAGGAAGUAAAAGAACAAAACAAAAGUGCAAGGAUUUGUUAAAAACGCAAUAUUUAAUCUCCUCAAGUAUUUUGUCUUAAUUAUUUAAAUGAACACUAGGUUAGGACCAAAUUGCUUCCAUAGCAAACAUGAUUUGAGACUUCUAGUAACGUUUUGCUUAUUAUAUGUGGGAAAUUGUUUUUACUUUGUGUCUAUAGCUUCUAGUUUGUUAUGUUUCCUUUUAUGGAUUUGUUUAGAGCAAAUGAGUGAAUUUCAGGUGUUUGCAUCAAGUCUUACAUCCAAAGGAACCCCAUGGCACAGCACUGUGUCCGAUGUGACGGAACUGUCACAGCUUGACCAUACACUGCAAAUUGAAGAAAAGUCUGUU